GCCGUCUGCCCGGCGCUCCGAGCCCGCGGCCCUCCCGGCGCCCAGCCCGCGAGAGGAGCCGAGGCCGCCCGCGCUCGCCGGCCCCUCCCCCGGUCGCCGCGCCGCCGCUGCAGGAUAGCUAACGGCCAGGAGAAACAGAGUGGAAAAUGCAAAACAACGAAAUUAUAAAACCUGCCAAAUACUUCUCAGAAUUGGAAAAGAGCAUCCUGCUUGCGUUGGUCGAAAAGUACAAGUAUGUGCUGGAAUGUAAGAAAAGUGAUGCGCGAACUAUUGCCCUCAAGCAACGGACCUGGCAGGCGCUCGCCCACGAGUACAACUCUCAGCCGAGCGUGUCCCUGCGGGAUUUCAAACAGCUGAAGAAGUGCUGGGAGAACAUCAAGGCCCGGACGAAAAAAAUUAUGGCCCAUGAAAGGAGAGAGAAGGUGAAACGGAGCGUCAGCCCGCUUCUGAGCAGCCACGUCCUGGGGAAGGAGAAGAUCGCCAGCAUGCUGCCCGAGCAGCUCUACUUCCUGCAGAGCCCUCCCGAGGAAGAGGCCGAGUACCACCCUGAUGCCGCCGCCCAAGAAUCAUUUGCUGUUUCAAAUAGAGAACUGUGCGAUGAUGAGAAAGAGUUCAUACAUUUUCCAGUAUGUGAGGGGACCUCUCAACCUGAACCCUCGUGUUCAGCUGUCAGAAUAACAGCCAAUAAAAACUACAGGAGCAAAACCUCUCAGGAAGGUGCUUUAAAAAAGAUGCAUGAGGAAGAACACCAUCAACAAAUGUCCAUCUUACAACUGCAGCUGAUACAAAUGAAUGAGGUGCAUGUGGCCAAAAUCCAGCAGAUAGAGCGAGAGUGUGAGAUGGCAGAGGAGGAACACAGGAUAAAAAUGGAAGUUCUCAAUAAAAAGAAGAUGUAUUGGGAAAGAAAACUACAAACUUUUACCAAGGAGUGGCCUGUUUCCUCAUUUAACCGGCCCUUUCCCAAUUCACCCUAAGACUGUGAGGGUGGCUCCCUCGCGGUUUUGAUCUGUAUUGGCAAAGGAAGUCUGGAACAUGAACUUGCGGUCAGUAACCUGUAACAGCUACAACUAGGAAACGUAGAGUGGUAGUAGUCACUUAUUUAAGAAUACGUUCAGGUGAACAGCUGCACCCUCUGUACCCCUUCCGUGGCAAAGAAGCUGUUAGAGUCUUCAGAACAUUAUCACUAUGAGUGCUAUCAUUCUGAAUGUAUUGUCUCCUAAUUAGAAUUCAUACAAGAACCAAGUGUGAGUGUUGUAUUUUUUUAAAAAUCCAAUGCAAGUGAGACUAUAAAGGAGUGUGGCUGAUUUCUUUCUUUCUUCUUUUCUUUUUUUUUUUACUAGACAGCAGAACUUUUCUGUCCCAGUGAUGCCCUCCCAUUGAACGUGGCUGUCCCAGGAGGCACCCCCGUCUCUCCAAGUGGGGAAGCUGUCGCUCAGUACUUGCUAGAGGUCUUUAGGGAACCUCCAUGAGAGCUGCAGCACCUCGUUCAUUUUUCAGUCGUAUCCUCUGAGUGUGGACUUUCUGAUUUUAUCGUAUGAUUUUAUUUUAUUUUUAAAUAUAUUUUUAUUGACUUCAGAGAGGAAGGGAGAGGGAGGGGAAGAUAGAAACCCCAAUGAUGGGAGAGAAUCGUUGAUCGGCCACCUCCCACAGGCCCCCCACUGGGGAUCAAGCCCGCCACUCCGGCAUAUGUCAUGACCAGAAAUCGAACCCUGACCUCCUGUUUAAGAGGUCAGUGAACAACCACGGAGCCACGCCAGCUGGGUGACUUUCUGAUCUUAAACAGCCCAACAUGUGGAAGGAUAUUUCCUGAUGUGGCUCCUCCACUGCCUUUUACUUUUUAAGGUCUUUCCCCAAAGAGGAGUUCAAAUAAUGUCGCCAACAAAGGGAGCACUGUUGGAACUAAGAAUGUAGCUACUUUGAGGGAGAAAUUUCGUUUAGAUUUCUACAUUCUGUCAUGUUUGUUUUAUUAAAAAGAAAAGAC